AAUAUAAGUGAUGAUAUAGACUCCGAUUAUUUAGUUGAUGAUGUGGGAGUAAAAAUUAGGUCUAAAAGCCGUUCUUAUCAGACUUCCUUUAAUAUAAACAAAGCUGCCGGUUGCGGAGAGUAGAUUUCAUCCCAGAGCGCAAAGAACUUGAUGAGUUGGAGCUUCUAAAAUAACACGUGUACCUCAUCUCCCCUCGGUGUCAAUGUUCUAAAAGUUUACGUACUUUUUAACUCAAAUUUAAUUAUUUAAACUAAAAGAGAAAGAUUUAAUAAUGAUUAUUAAAGUAAUUAUUAUUGCACUUUUGGGAAUUGCUUCUGCUGUUCCUAAACCAGAAGAGAAAAAAGAUCGAGUCAUCGACAGGGAAUUAAGCAGCCAAGAACACUUUAAUGAAGAAGAACAACAUAAUGCCCAAUACGAUCAUGAAGCAUUUUUAGGGGAUGAAGCUAAAACCUUUGAUCAAUUACCACCAGAAGAAAGUAAAAGAAGAUUAGGCUUAAUAGUUGAUAAAAUCGAUUAUAACAAAGAUGGUGUGAUAAAUCAUGAAGAAUUAAGAGAUUGGAUAAGAUACACUCAAAAAAGGUACAUAAUGGAAGAUGUUGAACGCCAAUGGACUCAACAUAAUCCAGAAAAUAAAGAUCAAAUAAAAUGGGAAGAUUAUAAAAAAUUAGUUUAUGGUUUCUUGGACUCAAUGGAUCCUCAAGAUGCUGAUAAAGAUGAUGAAGGUUUUUCUUAUAAAUCAAUGUUAAAACGCGAUCGAAGAAGAUGGAGCAUUGCUGAUGGAGAUGGUGAUGAUGCACUUACAAAAGAAGAAUUUGCUGGGUUUUUGCACCCAGAGGAAAGUGGGCAUAUGAGAGACGUCGUCGUUUUAGAAACAAUGGAAGAUAUUGAUAAAGAUAAAGAUGGUAAAAUAUCUUUAGAGGAGUAUAUCGGAGAUAUGUAUAGAUCUGAAGAAAAUGAGGAAGAACCUGAAUGGGUUAAAAGCGAACGGGAGCAAUUUGCGAAAUAUCGCGAUGAUGAUAAAGACGGUUACAUGACAGAAGAAGAAGUUAAAAAUUGGAUAAUGCCCCCUGAUUUUGACCAUGCCGAAGCAGAAGCGAGACAUUUAAUUUAUGAAGCUGAUAAAGACGCUGAUCAUCAAUUAACUAAAGAAGAAAUUUUGAAUAAUUAUGAUUUAUUUGUUGGGUCGCAAGCGACCGAUUUUGGCGAAGCUUUAGCCCGUCACGACGAAUUUUAAGUACUUAGGUUCAACCAAAGAACAAGAAUCUCUUGUAAGAUAUUUUUACUCUUGAAUUUUUGGAUAAUUCUAUUAAAAUGUGUUCAAAUUAAAUGUUUAAGAAGAAAUUUAUGCUUUAAAAUUAAGCUUUUUUUAAUUAUCUUUAAAACUACCUCUUCUUUCAUCUUUCCAUUUAUGCGAAUUAAAAAAUAAAGAAAAAAGGGCAUUUAUUUAGCUAUAAGUUUUCGUUUGUGCCAAUGUAGCUUUACUUCUCUUUCUCAAAUAAUCCUAGGUGCUCUCCUAUUUUUAUACUUUUUAAUGUCGACAAAGUUUUAAGGAAAAUAAAUUAUUACUAAUAAA